UGUGGCACCUUGGAGCCCGUGCUGAGAUAGAUCUGUUUGCCACCCUGGGAUGGGUUACACUUACACUUCUCUCUCCCCAGAUCCCCUGCAUUUUGUGGCACUGAAGGCAGCUUUUGGGCAUUAGUAACUUCUGCUCUGGAACACUUAACCCCAGUACAAGCAGGUCCUCUGGCAGUGGGACUUUUGAAGCUCUGCAAAUGCCCACAAGAUGUCAGGAUUCAGGCACUGACUGUUCUGCUUCAGCCAAUGGACUGUAUUUUGAGAGCAGCCUCCCAGCCUCUGGAAUGUGCAGGUUUGCUGGAUGAGUCUGUCAGUGAUCCUGCCACUCUUGAAAGUCUUCUGUCCUCCAAGACAUCUUGUGCUGGUCUCCUGUGUCAGACCCUCACUCACCUGGAGAAGCUGCUGUCUCUGAAACAUUUAAGAGUGGAUUUACCCUGUGUGUCUUUGCUGCACUCUCUCAUGACAAUAUUACAAUUCUGCAAUGGCUUCCUGAGCCCAACUUCUCCUCUGGGAAGCACAAUCAGCAGGAAUCUGAUCAAUUGCUUCAGAGUGCAAAAGUCAGCUCUUGAUGUCCUUGCAGCACUCUCAGAGAAAAAAGAGUGUGACACUCUCAUGGGAAGUCUGUUUGAUGUCCUUCUGGCAUAUCUGCAGAGUCCAAACACCAGCCCUACUGUUCUAAAGAAAACCUUUCAAGCUACAUCCAAGUGGUUGGUGCACUUGCAGGAACUGUCCUCCUCCAACAGUCAGUGGCCACAAACUGAGAAGAUUUUGGAAGAUGUGUUGGUGGUGCUGCAGAAACGUUUGUGCAGUCCCUGCUGGGAAGUAAGAGAUUCUUCCCUGGAGUUCCUCACUUCCAUGGUUAAAUGCUUGAGAGACCAGAAGGAGUACAGGCAGUGUCUCCUGUCCUCAGAGGUGCUGAGGCUGACAGAAAACCUGCUGGAGGACCCAGAGAGCUACGUUCGAGCGAGCGCCGUGACUGCAGUGGGACACCUGGCCCCCAUCACUUGCUUUGCUCCAGAGUCACCUGUCACAGGCAAUCAAUAUAACAAAGAGAGCAUUGUAGCAAAGCUUCAGGAGAUCUUGUCAACAGACUCAGAGGGCUUUCCUAGGAGGGCUGUGAUCAGCAUCUUCACCAAGUGGCUGAGAGAAGGCUGCACAGGUCAGCUGGAAGAUACAGAGCAGUUUGUCUCUAGAGUCAUCCAGACUGUGGAGCACGACUUAGACUGGGAAGUCAGACUUGGUGGUUUGGAGCUGGUUGAAGUUUUCUGUAGUCAGACCAUUUGCCAGCUUUCCCAGUGUCCCUAUGCUCCUGUCUCCUCUGCAGUCCCAAGUUCCAGCCCUCAGAACGAGCUGCUGCAGGUGUUUUGUCGAGCGAAGCUGUUUGGGUUUUUGUUUGGAUCUUUGUGUGACUGUGACAAACCCGUGGGGCAGAGAGCCUGUGAUGUGCUGGUUGGCUUGAGAGGUCAUUUCUACCCCAUGAGUACUUUGGAGAAUCCACAGGAGGUUGAAGAUUCACCUGCAGGACGUGGCAUUGCCUGGUUACAGAGGACACUAAGACAGGGUUCUCUGGCUCAGAACUUCCCCAUGGAUGGUGAUGUUGAGGUGGAUUUCCAAGAUCCAGAGAGCAUGAUGUUAGCUUUGGGUGCAAUAGACUUACUGGAGCUGCAUGAUGAGCUAAAUAAAAGUAGUGACCAUGUGGAGGAAAGCCCUCAGUCCCUCUUACAGGACAUCCUUGCUGCUGUGGGGACCAUAGAGGAUAAUGAAGUUGACUGUUACUGAACACAGCUUUUGCUCUGAGGAAGCAGUGCUCAAGCAGGUUUCUUCUGGAGGAGAAGGAUGGUUUUGUUAGCUGUUAAAUGGGUUAGAAAAUCUUUGCUUUAAUACUGAUGAAUAUUUUUUUUUUGUUAAGUGUCAUUUCCAAUAAACUGUUGUUUCUUUUUCAAAGUAAAAA